AAAGAAAAAGAAAAAGAAAAAGAAAAAGAAAAAAGAAAAAAAAAUAAAAAAUAAAAAUAAAAAAAGGCUCCUCCCAGAUGUUCAUCCCAAAAUGAAAUUAAGAAGAAGUAUCCUGAAGGAAUAUUCACAAAAUACUAGGAAAUCCAGCACGAGGAAACAUGUCUGGAAAACCCAAGCUGCACUACUUCAAUGGACGAGGCCGGAUGGAACCAAUUCGGUGGCUACUGGCAGCAGCUGGGGUUGAGUUUGAAGAAUCUUACCUAGAAAAAAAGGAGGAUCUAACAAAGUUACAGAAGGAUGGAUCCCUGCUCUUUCAGCAAGUGCCAAUGGUAGAGAUGGAUGGGAUGAAGCUGGUGCAGACCAGAGCCAUUGCCAACUACAUAGCAACGAAGUACAACCUCUAUGGGAAGGACCUGAAGGAGAGAGCCCUAAUCGAUAUGUACGUGGAAGGAAUGUUUGAUCUGAAUGAGUUACUCAUGGCAUAUGGCUACCAACCAGCAGACAAAAAAGAGCAACAUUUUGCUAAUAUGAUAGACAAGGCGACAAACAGAUACUUUCCAGUCUUUGAGAAGGUUUUGAAAGACCAUGGAAAAGACUUCCUGGUCGGCAACCAGCUGAGCAGGGCAGAUGUGCAAUUACUGGAAAUCCUUUUAAUGGCAGAGGAGUUCAAAGCUGAUAUACUUGCCAGAUUUCCUCUCCUGCAGAGCUUCAAAGCAAGAAUAAGCAAUAUCCCCACAAUAAAGAAAUUCCUGCAGCCUGGCAGCCAGAGGAAACCCCCAGUACGAGAGGAGGACGUAGCCAAAGUGAUAAAAAUUUUCUACUGAGCAGCAGCCUCAAGCUCCAAAAACUAUUUAGUUAUGUUUGAUGACAGUAGGAAAGCACUUAAAACUAAGUUUUUUGAUUCUAUCAGCAGAGGAAAUUGUUCACUGAUUAGGGGGUAUAUUGGACAACACAGGAUGCCUUAAAUAACUGAAGAGAACACCUAAAAUAAAGUCUUACUCUUUCUUAUAAUUAACUGUGCAGGCAAUGGCGUUUGCUAUUAUGUAUUGGCUUUUGCAAAUUACUAUUAAUUACAACGAUGUUUAAAAUCACUAUUAACUACUUUAAUAUAGUAUAGCCUGUCAGCUUUUGUAGCCAAUGCCCUGUAUAGCACAGUGUGAUAAAUAUAUAUUAUAGCUAAGGAUUUUGAAAAAUAUUAAAAUAGAGAUUAUACGUUGUGCAUUGAAACGUUAAAUGCCUUUUUAUCUCUGACUAAGUGAUAAUAGUGAGAAUAACUCAGAUAAUGUUGAUUUAAUGUACCUGUGUAGUAUCUUAUCUGAAUUAUAAGACAAGAUUGAAGGGAACCAGGAAAAUAAACAGUAAGAGAAAAAAUGCAAGGAGAGAUUCACUACUGACACUCACUUAUCAAAAAAUGUCAAACAACAGAACUGAGCCUCAAGAAAAAAUAAAACAUAUGAAUUUCAUCUACAGGAUGGCAUGAAGACAAGACUCACUCAAACCAAGCAAAAGAAUUCCCAGAACAUGUAAACUCACAGGAAUGUUUUAAUAUGUAUAAGCCUCAUGAAAGUGCAUUUAACGAAUGUAAUGAAAAAAUAUAUAAGAAAAUUGUUUUAAGGUAA